UCAUCCUCUUCGACCCCUAGUUCAGCUACAACAACCUUUACACCACCAUCUUCCGCAUCAUCUAGAUCGAAUAUAGCCUCGGUUCAGCAGGUUGUAUUCUUCUGAUCACCUGCGCCGCUUUCUACCUCUUUGCCCAAGCUUGGACUGUACCAAGUCGCAAGCCGUCGUCAUACCCAGACGACUCGACUGUGCUGCCUAGAGCUAAGAAACGAUGCCCUCCUUUGCCGCACCGCUGAGCCAUGUCUCGCACAGCUUGGACAGGCUACACCAACGUCCGGAGAAUGGUCGACGAGAUUCGUCACUCUUGAGCAUCGCCAGUGGGAGCAACAAUCAUCAUGCCCACGCACCCAGCGUUCCGCAUUACCCGGAUGAACGGUCAUCUUCCCGGCAACGAUCGAGAUCCCCGAGCAAGAUCUCACACAAGGGUCAUCUCAAGUUGCAUGUCGCCGAGACGGUUGUGCUCGUUCAUCCGCCCGAGACCAAGCUGGAGGUCUUGGGAGAAGGCAUCGUCAACCAGGUCAGCCAACCCCAAGAGGAUACCGUGCUCAACGGUCAAAUCGAGGUCAUCAUGGACAAACCCCGGGUGGCACGUUCGAUCCGGGUCGAGCUGGUCGUCACCUGCCGACUCCAGAUCCCCGGUGAGAACAACAGCCCCUGGCACGAUCGGGAGAUCUUCAGCCGAUGCGUAGAGAUUGGCAAUGUCGAUGACGAGGAGGACGAGAGUCAGGGGAUCAAGCUGGAAAAGGGAAGUCAGAGGUUCGAGUUUAGCAUCAUCGUCCCCGCCACGCUGGCCACGUACGACCGACAUCCGCUGGGCAGGAUCGUACCCUUUCUUCGAGCAACGGUCGAGGGCUUCCCGGUCCAGACGUCGCACCAUCAUCACCCGUCCUUCAACCUUUUCUCCGGGAUGGGCAUGGGCAUGGGCAUCGGGAAACAGCGGGAUUCAAGGAGUCGCAACAGAAGUCGACCUUCGAGCCGACCAUCAAGUCGAGCUCCCUCGCCCAACAGAAUCCCCAGGAACGGAUCUAGCACUCAUUUGCCCCGGAACCCCUCGAGCUCAAACUUGAUAAACAACCUGCCAAGGACCGGGUCGACCUCUCAUUUCAGGCAAGACCUGUUCGACGCUUCCACCUGGACAGCGGCAUCGACGACUUCGAGCCCGCUCAACUCUCCCGGCCUAACAGACCCGCCCGAAUUUGAGACGGGCGAUGUGGCAUUCCCGCUCCCUACCCCGACGGAACUGAAACCCCUCAAAGGCCAAUUGUUCGCCGAGAAGAUCUUGGUUGUCGCCAGUAACCCAAGCAGUAGCAAGGAUGGAGAAGGAUUGACCAGUCUGAGUCUGCAAAAGACCGGGAGGUUAGCGGGUGUUGGGGAUUGGAAGUUGAGCUUGACAAGCGAUGCCUUCUCGGUGGGAUCGUAUGUCACUCAGCGGAUCGUCUUUCUCUCACCAUCACCGUUCGCCACGAUCUUUGCCGUCCGACUGCUUCUCAACCAGACUUAUAGCGUGACGGAUCCGACCCACUUUGAUCCCAAUUUCACCCCGGCCCAGUUGGCCGAACUGACCUGGCACACCUGCCCCAAGAGGUCUUUCCUCGUCAGUAUGGACGGAGCGAUCCCGCACGUCAAGAGACCUACCCCGGAUACGCCAGCGUUGUGGAGAGGUAGCCUGGUCGGCUCGGGGAGGGCGCGGACAAUCAAGGAGGAGGAGAUUCCGUUUGAACAGGAUUACAAGCUGAAGACCGGCAGGAAACGGCUGCCCGACGACAACAAGGCGAGGCCGAGCACGAUCGAAGGCACCAUCACUCCCAUCCGGGUCCACCACGAACUGGUCCUCCAGGUCUUUUUCUCGGUCGACGGGGAAGACUUGCAGGGGAACCCGCUGGAGGGAGACGACCCUUCGGGCGUCAUGAGGAUGUUGGUGUUAACCAUGCCAACCGUCUUGCCAUCGUGCACAUGCACGUUCGAACGAGUUACUCUGCCAGAAUAUUGCGAAGUACAACAACCAUUCAAUUUCGAAAAGCCUGGUGCUUGCGCAUGUGGAAAUACCAUGGAAGACUUUGCUCGUAGAGAAGCCGUCAGAACGGCGGAAGAAGAGGAUGACGAAAUCAAUCAGCUCGACGUCGAUGGCAUGUCCCUCGACGGUCGCCAACGUGGCAGGCGAGCAGACAGGAGGAAAGCCGAAUACGACGGUUCACAUACGCCGACCCGGGAGGACGAGCGUUCGACUUCAGUACAAGCUCGUAAUCGUCGUUAGCAUAUACACAACAAAUACGACAUUCUUUACACACCCUCGUAAACAGGCAUAUCAACGUCCAUGCAUUCCUAACAAAUUAUGAUUGUACAUUAUCGUUUGUC